UUGUACACAUUGAUUCAUAUUCGAAAAGGAGGUCGAGCGAGUUAUUCAGUUGUGCACUCACUCUCCCGUCAUUUCGUUGUUGCAGUAUACCAAAAGUGCAUUCAUUGUGACCUGAAUAUUCCCAGCGACAUCGGCCACAAGAGAUCGAGUGUACAUGCUCGUUUAAAUAUCAAUACGCCCGAUGAACCAGAUAUUGGUUCUGCCGUCCUGAGAGUCUACCUCGAAGCGUUCCCUUCCUAGCGGUCCUCAUGCGGAGCGGUCAAACACGAACGGCGGUGUCGCGGCCAGAUAAGAGGUGGGUAGAACAUGACGGGCCUCACUGUACAGACACGCGGGCGUUCUGUCUCGACCGCCGACAUAGUCCGUCCGGAAGACAAAGAGAUUACCGAGCUGGUAAAGAGUCUCGACAACCUUGAUCGUACAUCCUUGGAGACGCUCCAAAGUAGCCUUGAGGAAUCGGCAAUCCUGCAACAACUACGGCACUUUUUGAAGGACGACAGUGAACUGCACGGCACGAAAAGUGGCUUUAGAAGGGCAGGCGGCUUGCAAGCGCUUCUUCGACUACUGCGGUCGCUGGUCGACAGCUAUGGGGCCGACAACACCUCUCCAGCCAACGUGAAGACCUUUUUCCAGAUUCUUUCACAAUGGUCCGCCGUCCUGGGUGCUGCAUUGGAGGGUCACGAUGGGAAUCAAAGAUACUUCAGAACAAAGGUGGACGGCGGUGGCUGGCAAUCUCUGCAAUGCACCUUCGAGCAGAUCCUCACAGUCCUGUCAUGUCAAGGGGCAACCGAGCUCUAUGUCGAACAAUUCUUUGGUGUGCUGUUCGCAACAGCAGCGGGAGUAGAGGUAAUGGACGAUAUCUACUCUUCCGCCCAGCGGUCUGCACCAGGGGAAGAUGCUAAGCCCUUGUCGGACGCGUCAGUCAAGGCUGUCCGUGCCGCAAUCACGAAGUCUUUGGCCAGUGUGGAUGACAUCGCAUUACCCGAUAUGCUUACCGUCAUCCUUGCUGUUUGGAGUGUUGGCAUCAAGGUAGCAAGCAUCCCACAACGACUCGUUCGACUGGGGAUGCCAAUUAGUUUCAAGGAGGCCCUUUCUAUAUCAAGGCACAACAUUGUCGCUGCCCACACGGCUGGAGCUCUCACUGCGAUCUUGCGACUAGUGUUUGAAGAACGACUUUCACCCAUUGAGCGGACGUUGUUCAAAGAAGCCGCACUUGUUCUGUGCCAGGAAGGUGUAUCAAGCUUGGAGGACGCACACUACCUGUAUAAACAGGCUAUCGUGUCCCACGAUGCUGCGGCCUUUCUUCUUGAGGCAAUCCGAGCCUCGCGACAACCAUCCAGCAUCCAGUUCGAUCUAUCUCAACAAGGCCAUGCUUCCGCCGAAUUGGCCACGCUUGGCAGACCUUUUCCGCCCCUUGAUACGGCUGGUUACACUUUGAGUCUUUGGGCUCGGUUCGAUUCCUUUGAUAGCCAAGCACAUACCACCCUCUUUGGUGCCUUCGAUAGGAGCCAGAGUUGCUUCAUCUUGGCUUAUCUCGAAAAAGACACACACCAGCUAAUUCUGCAGACCGCAAUCAAAGGGAGCAGACCUAGCAUCAGAUUCAAGUCGGUACGAUUUGAACCAGACCGCUGGUACCAUAUCUGUGUAGUACACAAGCGGCCGAGAACGACAUCAUCCUCGAAGGCUUUCCUCUUCGUCGAUGGUGAAUUCCUAGAACAACAAAAGGCCAAUUAUCCUUCAGUCCCCUCUACUGAACAUGGAGAAAGUACGCCAAAAGUCCAGGCUUUCUUUGGCACCCCUCAAGAUCUGGCGCCCAAUGCCACAGGCACAGUUUGUAGGUCAAAAUGGUCGUUAGGCUCAGCGAUUUUGUUUCAAGACACAAUCAGCGACGACCUUGUGGCUGUCUUCUAUCACCUGGGUCCAAAGUAUCAUGGGAAUUUUCAAGACUGCCUUGGUUCAUUUCAAACGUACCAAGCUUCUGCCGCGUUGAAUCUGAGAAACGAGACUUUACAUCCCGGGAAAGAGGAUCAUUCAGAACUCAUCUUAGCAAUUCGGCAUAAGGCUAGUAACCUUGUUAGUGAGGAUAAGAUCCUGGUGAAUAUUUCUCCUGCUGGCAUUCUCGACAACGACGAUAGAAACAACAUUGAUGAGACUCAAUUGGUAAAAUCGCUAUCAAAGCUGGCAGCGAAAAACCUUUUUGCCUAUACACGUUCAGGAACCAAUGCUGUUGCGGUUAAUGGCGCAGUUCCUGCAAUCAAUGAUGCACUGACCCAAGCUCGUGGCGUUCUUCUGCUCAUGGGAGAUCCUACUGCGGCGGUACCGCAUUCCUUGGAUGAUGCUAGUUGGCGUCUGGGGGGUUGUGGUGCAAUAGGCCUUGGGCUGAUACAACGUGCUCGAACAACGGAUGAAGUCACGCUGGCGGUCGACAUUCUGCUUGAGACUGUCUGCCACAGCUGGAGAAAUAGCGAGGUUAUGGAAAGGGAUGGCGGGUACGCUAUUCUAGCGAUGCUCCUGAGAGACAAACUGCUUGCCCCAACACAAAGCAAUGGAGAAGGCGGAAAGAACGGUUUCGCCAUCCCAACUCCUCGGCUCGAUAGGAACGCGCUGACUCUCAAGGUCUUGAGAUCCAUUCUAUCCUUCACUGGUUAUGACUUCGAGAAUCCGACAAAAUCUGUCAUCAACAAUCCUCUUGCCUACAAGGUCUUGGUGGCCGACAGCAGUACAUGGAGGUGUGGCCCACUUCCAGUCCAGCAACUCUACUUCGAGCAGUUCAUGGUACUUGCCGAGCAAAGUGAACACAGGCGUUUCAACUUGAAACGCCUUUCAAGAAUGAGAGUCUUGAAACGACUCAUGGAAGCUUUGAAGUCAGAGCCGGUCUCUAAAGCCAUCAUGCCAACAUAUAUGGCUGCCUUCAGAAUUCUUCUGCCUCAAUCUCUAUCUGCCGAGACACUGCGAUCGCUUGCGCUGUUUGUAACCUUCUCGGUAAACAAGCGUAACAUUGGCCUCCAGCUUCGGAAACCAACUCGACGAGAAGGACGACAGCGAAGUUCAUCCGCAGGUUCUUCUCACAGCACAAAAGAUGAAACAACCCCAAUGUUAACACAUUUCGAAAUUGGCGUGGAAAUGCUUCGCUUGUGUGCGGAGUUAUUGUGCCGCAAAGACGACGACACCAUGAUCAAGAAGUUUGCGAAGACGGUUACCAACAAGUGGCUCCUUUAUCUGCUUUCAGAGACAUCUCCUGAAGUUGUGGUUCUGUCCAUGAAGAUACUCGCAAGACUACUGGUUGUCCAUGGAGACAGUUAUGUCAAAAAAUUCAAAGACACGUCUAAAAGCUCUGGUUUCACGAUCAUGGCACAUCGUCUGAAACGAUGGUGGCAUCUCCCCGCUUUGUGGCCUAUAUGCUUUGCCAUACUGUUUGAUCUGGACGUGUGCAACCUUGACCUGGACAGGAAUUUUGACCUCUUCGGAUUCGUCGAUAUCUUUGCAGGCAAAAAGGAGUUGUCGGUUGUGCAUCCAGAAAUUCUCGAGGUCAUCAUGGGCAUGCUACAAAGCGGUCUGAAGACUAUAGUAUCGUCGAGGCAUUAUCAGGCCAACUCGAAACUUGCACCUCCCAUGGAAGAAAGUAACCAGCCUCCGCAAAGACUCUCCAUGUCAACGAUGGCUCCACCGAACCCGCUGUUAACUAUUGUCACGAGUCAACAUGUCGAGACAUUCGAUACCGUUGUCCACUUUCUGGCAGAUCUCCAUGCGAGGUCCCGCAAGUUUCGAGAUUUCGCAGCCACUUCGAUGUAUGUCCAACAACUCCUCGCCGUCCUCUUCCCCGUGGUUGUUGGCUCCGACAUUGUUGAAGCGAGGACAGAAUUGGACGCUCGGGAUUCGACGCUCUCGUUCGAAGGUGCAGAUGUUGUCCUCCAUCCUCUUUCGACCACAUCGCCUAUCAUUCGCAUUGCUGAGGCCGAAGCACCCUCCACAGCUACUAGAGGCAAGACACUGCGGCGAGGCUCGUCCUAUGUACUGGUAACGCGAGAGCACGCUCAUCAGAACGGAAAUGGGUCGAAGCUGUCUCAGGUGGCCGGAUCGAGCUCUGCUGUUGGCAAAAUGCCCGAUCUCAAUGAAGGCCAUUCAAUCGUACAGAACUUGCUGGAAAUCGUCAUAUCCAUCUUCAUGGAUCAGAUACUCGUGAGGAAGGAUUUUCCCGGACUUGGCUUGUUCUUGAAAACUCCGCCGGGGUUCAUCGAACACCAGACCUACUUCGAGACUUGGAUCUUGCGCAAUACACUUUCACAGCUAUCGAACCAAUUAGCCCUGGAUCAAAAGGUCCUGACCGAACCAAGAGUGCUUCUCAACCUGGCAAGAUUAUUCACCCAUUUAGAGGAGGCUCUGUUCGAAGGUUGGUUCAUCGGUGGCGCAGAUUCUGUGCUGGAUCUAUCAGGGUCUAUCCUAGAGUAUCUGCAACGCCCGGACAUUGCCAAAUUGAAGAGCGUACGUCUCUGUGCGCAAACGGUCACCGUCAUUAGGGCUGUAGUGUUUCGCACAGUGCUCCUGAGCUUGUCUUCAAUCCAAGACGACGAAGCAUUGCCGUUCCUUGAGAAGCUCACUUACUGGCAAACGGUCCUACUAUCCGCCGAGGAAACCCAGUCUGUCCAUUUGCAACUCGUUUGUUACUUGCUCUAUGCGAACCUGAUCUCGUCAAGUGACGGCGUGCGGCAGACGGCAGCGAAUUUGUGGAGGAUCAUACUUGUACAGAAACCGGAUGAAGCGGCCGCCAUCUUCGGGUACACAGAUACCACCGAGCAGAAAGGUCUGGCCGCGAGCUUUGCCAAAGUGGUUGAGCUUGACAACGAGACAUUCCUCUAUUGGGUCGACGAGCACAGAGAUGGAUUGGACUCUUUGUUCUUUGACACACUUUCUAGGCAGUGGGAUACAUUCGUUGCGAGCGAGAAUAAACGAACAGAAGAAAAUGGACGCAUGAGAAUAUCUCGACGACGAGAAAGAGUCAAACAAUGGGCACAAGAAGAGGAGGACCACGACGAACUAGUUCGGAGACAUGAACUUGCAUUUGAGAAUUGGACGGCAAAUAUCUACACUUCGGAGUAUCUCAAGAAUCAGAGACUGCUACAAGAUCAGCAAGACGACCUUGUAUAUACUGAAGCCAGCUUCAGUCGGAUGCAAAGAGACACUAGCAGAGCUGGGGGCCUCUUCUACGUCGAGAAAGACCGGAAAUGGCGACUCGAUCAAACUGAAGGACGCAACCGGAUGCGCAUACGACUGCACGAAGAUUUCAGCAAAGUAGAGAGCGAACAGCAACCGAAACGAAAAGGAUCAGAAACGAUGCAGCUCCGUCUUGAUACCAGGAGCACCAAGCUAUCCACGGCCGAGGCGAUCGGCGUCACUCCGGGAGGUCUUACACCCAUGGUCGCGACACCGGAGCAAGCAAACAAUGGUACCGAGCCAUUUCCGCAAAUACCGGAUGGCGAAACGCAGACCCAAGAUCAAGGUGAUGAAAACGGUACUCCUCAGGAGGGUGAGGCUGUCGAAGAAGAGGAAAGUUUCGAACUGGUGGAAGACCCCAACGCCGAAAUGGACAACUUCGAGGACAAGAAUCGGAAGGUGAUGCGUAGUCUCCACCGGGGAGAUCAAGUCAAACAUGUCGCCAACAUUUCGCGAGUAUUGGGGCUCGAGGCCGUUGAAGGUCUGCUCAUUCUGGGCAAGGACUACAUCUAUCUUCUCGACAAUUUCUUUCAACGUGUUGAUGGCGAGAUCGUGAAUGUCUGGCAGGCACCGGAAGAGGAACGUGAUCCUUAUGUGCGGAUGAUAUCUGGUCGAGAUGUCGUCGACAGGAAGCCCAUUGCACGUGGCGACGAACACGGGACACGGAGUUGGAAGUGGUCAGAAAUCAUCAGCGUGUCCAAACGUCGCUUUCUCUUCCGCGAUGUGGCCAUUGAAAUGUUCUUCAGUGAUGGAAGAAGCUAUCUCCUGACCGUGAUUUCACCACAAAGUCGGAAUGAGUUGCACGGCCUGAUUACGGCCAGAGCGCCUUCACCAGCUGCACUGAGCGCGGCUCAUCCGGAAACAGCCUGGCGAUAUGAAACCUUGAAGAGUGUCGACGACGAGCCACAAACGUUGGGCUCGAAAUUUGCCAACGUUUUUGGCCAACAAUCGAGCUCUCUCGCUGCCACGCGUAAAUGGCAAAAAGGAGAAAUGUCCAAUUUCCACUACUUGAUGCUCAUCAACACCAUGGCUGGAAGAACAUACAAUGAUCUGACACAGUAUCCCGUCUUUCCAUGGGUCAUUGCGGACUACACCAGUGAAGAGCUUGAUCUGACGGAUCCAAGAUCCUUCCGUGACCUAUCUAAACCCAUGGGCUGUCAAACAAUGGAGCGAGAAAGACAAUUUCGCGAAAGAUACGAAGCGCUGGCAGAAAUGGGCGACAGCAAUACGCCGGCUUUCCAUUACGGAACUCACUACUCAUCAGCCAUGAUUGUGACUUCGUAUUUGAUCCGCCUACAACCUUUCGUCAAAUCUUAUCUCUUGCUGCAGGGUGGUACAUUCGAUCAUCCGGAUCGCAUGUUCUUUUCCAUCGAGGGUGCCUGGAAGUCGGCAUCACGGUUGAUCCCAACGGAUGUGCGUGAACUUACUCCCGAGUUCUAUUAUCUGCCCGAAUUUUUGACCAAUGUGAACAAUUUCGAUUUUGGGACCAGGCAAAACUCUUCCAAGUCGAUUGGGAAUGUUGAGCUUCCACCUUGGGCCAAAGGAGAUCCUCGAAUCUUUAUAGCCAAACAACGUGAGGCUUUGGAAAGUCCCCAUGUGAGUCGCAACCUACACAAGUGGAUUGACUUGAUCUUUGGGAGCAAGCAGAAAGGCGAGGCCGCUGUGGAAGCGGUGAAUGUCUUUCAUUACCUCUCCUAUCAAGGUGCACGGGAUCUUGAUUCCAUCACCGAUCCUCGAGAGCGGCUGGCAACGAUCGGUGUCAUCCACAAUUUCGGACAAACACCGUAUCAAGUCUUCAAUAGGCCACAUCCAGCACGGGAUCACAUCCGACAUCGAUACAAACGUUUGGACACUGCUGCCGAGUCAUUGACACGAGUUCCAUCGACGCUUUUAGAAAUGGGAGAAAAGGUUGCAUCUAUGAGUUACUCAUGGAAGUGGGACCGACUCAUGUGCUCUGGAGCGUUUCGACUCAACAUACUGCCCGAAUUCGACAUGUACAUGGAAUGGGGCUUCUCGGACAACAGUGUGCGGUUCUACACGGCAGAAGGCAGAAAGCAGAUCGGCCUAUUUGAGCAUUUGCACAUUGGUCAGUUGUCGUGCGCCAUAUUUACAGACUCCAAAACCUUGGUAACGGCAGGGACGGAUUGCACAGUUGCGGUAUGGUCGGUGGUUGAGACCGGCAAGACCGUUGAACUCCAGCCUCGGGCGACACUUUUCGGACAUCGCAAACCAGUAAGUGUAUUGGCGGUCUCGCGGUCAUUCAAUGCACUGUUGUCGGCGUCGACAGACGGCCAAAUCAUGCUGUGGGACCUGAAUCGAUGCGAGUUCAACCGCAAGCUAGAUGAUCAGUUGCCUGUAGCCUGUGCCGCCAUCAACGAUGUGACGGGCAACAUUGUGCUUUGCCAUGAUCAUGAAAUCAGUGUGUACAGUUUGAAUGGAGACCGACUUUUGCGGCAAGAUGCUGGAGAUCGCCUACGAGAGAGUAUUGUGUCGUGUGCGUGCUAUGAAGGAGCCGGCAACGAGUGGCUGGAACAAGAUCUGAUCUUUACCGGCCACAAGAGAGGACAGGUCCGUAUCUGGAGCAAAGUCAUUCGUGGAGGACGGUUUGAACUCGAGCUCAUUCGACAGCUCAAUCAUGCUGACGGCAGUCGGGACGACGGAGCAAAUGUCAGUGCUGCGAUCAGUUGCAUUCUUCCCAUGCCACAGGCCGUCUACACCGGGGAUGAGGACGGGAGAGUGUAUGAGUGGAAUUGCGUGCAGAGACACUGAUUAGGUCGUCGCGUGCAUGGUGCAUGAAGACCAAUGUGGGAUUAAAAAGCAUAGCGAUGGCGCAGCAUAUUGCUUCUGGAAAUGCGAGAUGAUGAAUAGGAAUUGAUUUGAUUUGAUGAGCGGGACGAUGGAAUAGCAUUGGAUUGAUGGUUCACUGCUACGAGGCGUUGGUCAAGAUAGACAAA